AACAUCAGAUGCUGACUGGAGCUUUCACUACAAGCGACUUGCGGGGAGGCAUGCUUCAGGGACCGAAGCAUCAAGCAAACCAAUACUGAUAAUGACCCAAGAGGAAGCCCUACUACUCCUCUGGGACUUCUGCGAUAAUCCUUAUCAUCUCCUUCCCAUACUAUACGAGCCAUCUACACGUUCUUCAAUAGCUAAUUUCUAUGCACAGCUUGAGAAUGGCCAAGAGGGCGAUCCGACGGUCGCCGCCUUGAUACUGAGCAUUGCCUCUACCUGCGCAUCGUUUUCUUCACAUAGUAGGCAUAGCAUGUUUGGUUCUAUUGAGGAGGCGGAUCAGGCGUCUACAGCGUGGAGGGAGAAUGCUCUAACCAUACUCGACGAUACUCAAUUCUCUACUCCAGGAAGCCUAGAAAGAUGUCAAGCAAGAACUAUCAUAACCUAUGUCGUUUCUAACGUCGAAGGUUGCUCGGUUCGCUAUAGAUAUCUGCAUAGCUGCACCGUGGCUGUAGCGCGCGACAUGUCUUUACACCUUAUUGACAGUCCAGUUGCGACAGACAAGUCCGACGAUAUGCUGACGAAAGAAAUCAAACGGAGACUCUGGUGGCAUCUAGCCUCGACAGAUUGGCUAUUGAGUCUUGUAGGUGGACCACUGGAUGGCACUUACUCUGUGCAGCCGCGCCACUUCGUAGUGAAACGCCCAAGAAACAUAAAUGACAGCGACCUAGGCCAAGACGAAACUUUCACGUAUCCGCCGCAUGUUUUGACACGCAUGGCGUACUUCCUUCAACGGAUCCGUCUGAGCGAGAUAUGCAGAGAGAUGGCUGACUCCCGAAGCCCCGGGUUCCUGGGCGUCGAUAUAACGGACUUCGACACAGUAUCCUCCUUAGACCGUCUUUUCGAGAAGGCGUUGGCGGAAAUGCCACUGCCCCUCCAAAGAGGUGCCCCGAUUCCCCCUGGCGCACCGUCCCACCUCAUCCAGCAGCGGGAUCUCAUCCUCAUAUGCUUCAACUUCCGAAGAGCCAGAUUACACCGGCCGUUUCUACUACAUGAUACCGACAAUCCGCUGCACGAAGCGUCUCGCCGCCAGUGUCUUGCCUCGGCGCGUACCGUUCUCUCGAUGUCCUCUAAGAUGCUAGAGGAGCCGACUCCGGCUGUCGAUCCUGGACACGACUUCGGACAUCCCCUUGCGUACCGAGCUGGCCUCGUCAUCAGCGGCAUGUUUACGGCGUGUGUCAUCCUCGCGCUCAAUGCAGGGUUGAUAUGGAGCCGCACGAAAGGCGAUGCAGACCGCUGUAGCGAGGCCGCGAAACUACAUAGUGAGAUCACCGACGCAUGCCGUAUCCUCGCGAAGGCUGGGGAGAAAUCGGUCUUUGCCGCGAACUUGGUUCGCAAUCUGGUACGAACCCCCUGCAUCACAUUAACCCCUUUGCGAAGCCCUCUUCAUAUUAGGUGCCCAUGUGCUAACGCGUGGCUGAAGGUUGGGGUAUUGAAACAGUACAGCAUAAAGGACAUAGACCACAUCGUCGCGUCUUCUACUAACACCGGUCUUAACCCGAAGAAUUUUGCUGGAAGCAGCGAUGACGCGAUAUCUGCGUAUGCAGCGAGAGACCGGGCGCAAUCAUUCAGCGACAUGGUAAAUGCUACCGACGACUUCACCAUGUGGAAUGGGUUCUUCACAAAUAUUCCCGAAAUGGAAGAAUACGAUCAGCUCUUCGCGGGACUUGACUAUUACUGCGGUCCAACGUAGUCUUUAUACGGUAUUUUAUUCGAACUCAGCCAUUUCAAUGCUCUAGAUCCCGAGGAAUCGCCAGCCUCAACAGUCCGGUCUUGU